CAACACAACAAUGUCGACCGCAAUAGAAAACAGUUUGUCAGUAGACACUCGCGUCAACGGUCACGCGGGAUACAUCAAUGGCAACAGUACGAGCAACGGCACUCCGAACAACUGCACCUGGGAGCAGCAGUUCUUACCACCCCCACUGCAGCUUGAUGACAGAGCACGAGCUAUUAAGAUAGACUCCCGACUCGCAGGUCUGAUGCUUUGUGGGGCGACGUUGCGACGUGUAGGCGAGGUAUUCUCGCGAGAAAUUGAAAACGGCCUGCGCGAACGACCUUCUAGUCUCCAAAUGGAAAAUACAUAUGUUCCUGAGCUUCCUGACGGAACCGAGGAAGGCGUGUUCCUGGCACUCGACCUCGGUGGUACUAACUUCCGCGUGCUACUUCUGGAGCUUCAAGCUGGUCAGCUCGUCCGAGAAGAUGUAAAGCAGUAUCAUAUUAGUGACGCUUUGCGCCUCGGACCAGGUGAAGAUCUUUUCAACUUCUUGGCUGACUGCGUGCAGGAUUUCUUGCGCACCGAAGGCAUGGAGAAUGAUGAACUAUCCCUAGGAUUCACAUUUUCGUUUCCAAUGAAGCAACAUUCGAUAUCAUCGGGCGAGCUCAUCACGUGGACCAAGAGUUUUAAAUGCGGCGGUAUGGAGGGCGUGGACGUGGCAGCGCUGCUGCAGCGCUGUCUGCACGCGCGCGGCCUGCGCGUCACCGUGCAAGUGUUACUCAACGACACCACGGGCACGCUGGUUGCAGGCGCGCAGCUCGAUCCUGCAGUUGUGAUCGGAGUUAUAAUGGGCACGGGCUCCAACGGCUGCUAUAUGGAGCGCGCGGAGCGCGUGCAGCACUGGGAGGCCGCGCAUGAGCGAGUGCAGGACGUGUGCGUGGACAUCGAAUGGGGCGCCUUCGGGGACAAUGGCUGCCUCUCUUUCUUACGUACCGAGUUCGACAAGGAGGUCGAUGACAAUUCUCUCCUCGCUACAUCGUUUACCUUUGAGAAGUACAUCGGCGGCAAGUACCUGGGAGAGUUGCUGUGCGCGGUGCUGAGUGGGCUGGCGCGCGAUGGGCUCUUCCCCGCAAUCCCUGCGCGCGGCUCGCUGCUGUCUGCACAUGUUAGCCUCUUCGAGGAAGAGAACGUGGCGGGCGUGUGCUCGCGCACGGCGGAGGCGCUGCGGGACGCGUGCGGCCGCGCCGUCUCGCGGCACGACGCGCUCGUGGCGCAGCACGUCGCCAGGGUCAUCUCCAACCGCGCCGCGCAGCUCGUCUCUGUCUGUAUCGCGACGCUGCUGCGCCGUAUGUCGCGCGCGCACGUGUCCGUGGCGGUGGACGGGUCGGUGUUCAAGCGCCACCCGCGUAUCCGCACGCUCAUGGAGAGGUACAUCGCGCUGCUCGCACCGAACCACAAGUUCUCGCUGCUGGGCGCGGAGGACGGCAGCGGCAAGGGCAGCGCGCUCACCGCCGCCAUCGCCGCCAGGAUCGCGGCGCGCUCGCUCUAAGUUUUACGAGCGUUUUGACCAUCGCGCUCAUUCAGAAAUAAGAAUUGUAUUUAUUUCAGAGGAGUGGGAGAGAGUUAUGACCAAUAUAACUUUCGCAUUUUCAUAUACACGUCCAGUAACAUCGCUUUCGUCUAAUGUCUUAAACAUUGAUCGAAGGGACAAACAUUGAUCUUAAUAGUGACCGCUCAUUGGUCGUCUAUUGCGACAUCAGUUGCCAUCCACCAAUGACGAUUCAAAUUCUGAUGAGUUGAUCUGACUUUGAUCAGCGUUGAAACAUUUAGAUCACCAAUGAAUUGGUUACUAUGCAACCAUAGAGUUACAUAUUGUUAGAGCUGCAUACUGCUAGCGAUAUUUCCUUAUUUUUGGAUAGCGAUAGUACUGUUAUUUAUUAUAUUCAUGUAUCUGUAUAAAAAAAAAACGUGUUUGCGUACAAAAUAGUAGGUGAAAUGUACACAUUAUAACUUUGUAAAUGAUUUGAUAUCGUCUGUUUUAAAGAUUCUAAUUGCAU